UGGGAUUUGAACCUGUAGGUCCAAAGGCGCCAGUUCUAACCACUACAUGACAAACUGCCCUGUUAAUAUAAUCUGUUGUUGAAUAUUUUAAUGCGUGUUUUGUCGUUCAUGCAUUUUAAUACGGGGAAGGAGAAACUGACGAAAUCUGACAUACCUCAGACAAAAUCUGCUUGUAACGAUGUACCGAUCACAGGCCUCUGGGAAAGGCUGUGCUUCGGUCUCUCCGUAAGCUUCUCUGUUUGCGACUGAUCUCGGAUGAUGGGUCACAAUGUUAAGGGCUGAACCAGGACUCGGUCAAAGGACGUUAUGUUGUUGAUGUUCGCUGGAAUGGACUUUCACGUUGCUCACUGCUUUCGGGGAUAAAGCACCGUAUGGCGAGGGCGGCCUGCGCUCCGUGUGCCCACAGGGGCUUCAGAGCAGCAACAGCAGCACGUCAGCUCAAACACGGCAGGAAAAAAGCGUGACGAUGUAAACAAACACACGUUCUGAUCAAAAUGUCAUAUUCUAGUAAUACGUGUUUCAUCGCGUCCUCGUUGCUCCCAAAGGAAUGUUUAGUGGUCGGGAAGGGCGCCGUGGAGCUGGAGGAAUGUCAUCGACAGAAGGCUGCAGGGACGAGCCCUGGGGACGCGGAGCAGUGCUCCAGCUGCGAGGUCCGGCAGCACAGCAAGCUGCUGCGGCUGCACGCCAUCAAGGCGCAGAUCCUGAGCAAACUGCGCCUCAAGCAGGCGCCCAACAUCAGCCGCGACGCCGUGAAGCAGCUGCUGCCCAAGGCGCCCCCGCUGCAGCAGCUGCUCGACCAGUACGACGUGCUGGGCGACGACAACAAGGACGUGGUGCUGGAGGACGACGAGGACCACGCCACCACCGAGACCAUCAUGGCCAUGGCCACGGAGCCCGACCCCGCGGUCCAGGUGGAUCGCAGACCGAGGUGCUGCUUCUUCUCGUUCAGCCCGAAGAUCCAGUCGAGCCGCGUGGUGAGGGCGCAGCUCUGGGUGCACUUGAGGUCUGCGGAGGAGGCCACCACGGUGUUCCUGCAGAUAUCCCGCCUGAAACCGGCCACCGACGGCAGCAGGCAUGUGAGAAUCCGCUCGCUGAAGAUUGACGUGAAGGCCGGGAUCAACUCUUGGCAGAGCAUAGACGUGAAGCAGGUCCUCCAAGUGUGGCUGAGGCAACCCGAGACCAACUGGGGCAUCGAGAUCAACGCCUUCGACUCAAAAGGAAACGAUUUAGCGGUCACUUCUGCAGAACCGGGAGAAGAGGGACUGCAACCGUUCAUGGAGGUGAAAAUAUCGGAGAACCCGAAGCGGCUGAGGAGGGACUCGGGCCUGGACUGCGACGAGAACUCUCCGGAGUCGCGCUGCUGCCGUUACCCGCUCACCGUGGACUUCGAGGACUUUGGCUGGGACUGGAUUAUCGCGCCCAAGCGCUACAAGGCUAACUACUGCUCCGGGGAGUGCGAGUACAUGCACCUGCAGAAGUACCCGCACACGCACCUGGUGAACAAGGCCAACCCCCGGGGCACGGCAGGGCCCUGCUGCACGCCCACCAAGAUGUCGCCCAUCAACAUGCUCUACUUCAACAGGAAGGAGCAGAUCAUCUACGGCAAGAUCCCCUCCAUGGUGGUGGACCGCUGCGGCUGCUCAUGAGUGUGCCGGCCGGGAGGGGGUGGGAGCAGCUCCCGUGCCGGUCUGGACUCCUGCGGGCUUCCGAAUGACUUUGUCUGUCAGUGCUUCUCGCUACGUUUCUCCCGAAAACUUUGUGCAAUAGAACCGCAGUAGCAGCAAGAACCUCUCGGCCGUCGGGUGGAGUUUCGACCCGCAGGCGAAGGUGGCGAAGCCUUCGCUUGGACUUGGAGGCUGGAAGUGGCGGAAAAAGGCUACAGCAUCUCCCGGCAAAGAUCUGUUCUACUUCUUUUUUUUUUUUUUUUUUUUUUUUCUUUUUCCACGCGUGCAGACACACACAGUGAACAGCGAAACACUCCGAGACACACGCUUCAUCACGCAGCAGCCUGGGCAGCCCGCAUUACCGAUCGUCAGACGAGCGACGCGUCCGAGGGACACCGAGAGGUCUCGCGUGCGUUCGGCAAAGGACCGGAAACGGAGCGGAGGGUUUGAGCGGUCCUCGCUCGGACGUCACCGAUCAUUAACGCGCCGUCUGCAGUAUAACCCGAACGAGACGUACCCCACGGCUUUACCGUAACAUUGCCACCCGUCUGCCCAAUGCACUUGAAUUUGGGUCAAUCAGAAUUACUGGACCGAAGGACUUGAAUCCGAAGCACUACGAAUGCAGUCUACGCUGUAAGAUGUGUACGAGGCAGAGACACACAAACCUUAUGAAUGUUAAAACCACGCUCAAACUCUGUCUUCCUAUAACAAUACCGUUUGCACUAUGGCAGACCAAUAGAGAGAAUUGGUUGCUACGAAAAGUUGUAAAAACUGAUUUUGAUACGUUUGCUAAUUUGAAUCGUCUACAUGCAUUGUUCCUGCUAGUCGUUUCCUUUUGUAGACGCUGCUGGUAAAUGUAUAAGACAACGCACUAGCAAAAAAGGUGUACAAUAACAAAAGUCUAUAUAUCUGUUACGCAAA